AUGGAAUAGGCCCAGCUCUAUCAAACGACUGUAUUUUGAGAAGCCCAUUACCAUUUUCACAAUCUCCAUCCUGCGUCCUCAGCUUGCCUAGGGCUUUUCCAGUUGAUUGAAAACUGAACUUAAAACCCCAAUCACAGUGAAAAGCUAAAAGAAGGAAUAAGGAAACCAUCAGAAAUGGCGUCAUUUAUUCAGAAAUUCUCGUUGAAAACGAAGAAUAUUGGGAAAAGGGCUACAAAGAAAUACUUAGAAGAUGCACUUUACAAGAAUCUGUUCAAGGAAGGAGGCGAAGAGAACCACGUUAGGAAAAAUCUGAAUCAAUUCUUGAAAUCCCACAAAAGUGCUUACAAAUGGGAAGUUGGAAAAUCCCUCAAAGUCUUACGCCAACGCAAGCUUUACGCCCCAGCACUCAAGUUAUUAGAAACAAUGGAAAAAAGGGGCAUGAACAAGACUAUUAGUGAUCAAGCUAUACAUCUGGAUCUUGUUGCCAAGAGUAAAGGGAUUGAAGCAGCAGAGACUUAUUUUUCGAAUCUCCCAGAGGCAUCGAAAAAUCUUCUCACCUAUUCUGCUCUUCUGAAUUGCUAUUGCAAGGAAUUAAUGACGGAAAAAGCUGAGGCGCUGAUGGAGAAAAUGAAAGAACUUAACUUAGGUUUAAGCUCCAUGCCUUAUAACAGCUUGAUGACUCUCUACACAAAAACUGGGCACCCAGAAAAAAUUCCAGCCAUUAUUCAAGAAAUGAAGGCCUAUGAUGUAAUGCCAGAUUCUUACACCUACAAUGUUUGGAUGAGGGCUCUUUCUUCUAUGAAUGAUAUUUCUGGGGUCGAGAGGGUUAUUGAUGAAAUGAAGAGAGAUGGUCGUGUAGCUGAUGAUUGGACUACAUAUAGCAAUUUGGCAUCGAUUUAUGCAGAUGCUGGCUUAACCGAUAAAGCAGUGAAGGCACUCAAGGAACUGGAGAAGAAAAAUGCAUGCCGCAAUGUUACUGCAUACCAGUUUCUGAUCACAUUGUAUGGCCGUGUUGGAAAUUUGUUGGAAGUAUAUCGUGUAUGGCGUUCUUUGAGGCUUGCUUUUCCCAGAACGGCAAAUAUAAGCUAUCUUAACAUGAUUCAAGUUUUGGUUAACUUGAAUGACUUACCGGGUGCUGAGAAAUGCUUCAAGGAAUGGGAGUCUGGAUGCCCAACUUAUGACAUACGUGUAGCAAAUGUUCUUAUAGGAGCUUACACUAAACAAGGUUCUUUGGAGAAAGCUGAAGAGCUCAAGGAACGGGCCCGAAGGAGUGGAGCUAAGCCUAAUGCUAAGACAUGGGAGAUUUUCGGGGAUUAUUAUCUGCAAAUUGGCGAUAUCAAAUCAGCAGUUGAUUGUGUUGACAAGGCAAUUUCAACUGGUAGAGGUGAUGGCGGCAAGUGGCUUCCAUCAUCUGCUAUCGUUAGAAAAUUCAUGAGUCAUUUUGAACAAAAUAAAGAUGUCGAUGGUGCAGAACAUUUUACGGAAAUUUUGAAGAAGGCUAAGGAUGAGUUGGGGGUUGACAUAUUUGAAUCUUUGUUAAGAACUUAUGUAGCUUCUGGAAAAACAAGUCCUAUCAUGCGUCGGCGGAUUAAAAUGGAGAAUAUAGAGCUGGGCGAAGAAGGUAAAAGAUUGUUGGACUCCAUCUCUGUGGAGUGAGAUCAUUUAUUAGGUAAUUGACAUGCCUCGGGCUUUCACAAACUGAAAUAGAGAUGUGAGUUUUCAGCAUAUUAUUUGGAGCUACCCUUUUUAUUCCAAAUAGAUCUCUUUGGACAGUGUGUGCUUGAAUUUUGUCGAAAUAAGCGUGAAUUGAAACACAGCCUUCCGCAGAAGCUGUGUUUUAUAUUUUCCUUGGUUAAAUUGUAGACUUUUCAGCUAUUUAUAGAUCCACAUGCUAGUUUAUUUUGGAUUAGAUGAUUAUUUUGUUUUUGGAUCUAGUGUUGAUAAUGGAUAUUGCACUAGAUUAACGGA